GUGUGUAGUGUUAAUCAAAUCAUACAACAAUAUGAUGAAAUUUUCAUCUCUGUUGAUUGUUUUAGUAGCAAUCCAUUUAUGUCCAUGCUAUGAUGCAAAAUGCACCCCUUCUUCUUGCGGCAACCUUUCCAACAUCAGCUACCCUUUCCGCCUCAACGACGACCCCAAAAACUGCGGUGACCGCAGAUUUGAGCUUCGCUGCGAAAACAAUGUCUCCUCCAUCUCUCUCAACUCUCAAAACUACUAUGUCAAAGCCAUCAACUACCAUAACUCCACCAUCAGGCUCGUCGAUGCUUCCAUUAACAACAACGACAUCUGCUCUUUCCCAAGCGUUUCCGCAUAUGCCCGGAACUUCAUCUCCUUCAAACAUGCCUUUAACUUCCUUAUCUAUCUUAAUACUCCUCACCCUCUUCCUUACCUAAGUUUUUCUAGCUCUUUGAACCCUAUUAAUUUCUUUAGCUGCCCAAAUCCAAUGCAUAACUCUUCCCUCUUUACAGAUGUUACUACUCAUUGUGCCUCUAAUCAUUCAUCCCUUCCUCCCAACAAACAUGCUUACAUCAAGGUGGGACACAUGAACGCCUCUGAGUUGCCACAUUUGUGCACACUUGAUCUCAUUGUGAAGACUUCAUGGCCGGGAUUCAAGGAUUUGGGCAACGUUUCGCUGUCUGAAAUCCACCAAUCUCUCUUGUACGGAUUCGAACUUGUCUUCUGCCCCGAGUGCACAAUGAUCUCGCGUGGAUUUUUUGCAUCGUUCUUCUUCGGUAUGUUACCAGUUUUUCUGAUAAUUGUAGGUUUGUUAUGUGGAGUGGUAAGCCCUCCUGUGUUCACCAUCUUUGGAUUCGCAGCUAUAUCAGUGCUCUUAUAUUAUAUACCAAUUCUAAUUUCCACUGUCGACCCGGCCGGAUCUACGUAUGUAACGUAUCGACUGCCUGGCCUCAUCUUAAUCAUCAUAUGUGCAUCAAGGAUCAUAACUUUCCCUUUGGCGGCGUGGCUUUUAAUUUACAAAUUCCGAACAAGGCGUCUCUCCUUACAUGAAGAUAUAGAAUCAUUUCUACAAAGUGACAACAAACUUGCUCCAAUUAGGUACUCUUAUUCGGACAUCAAAAAAAUGACUAAAUGUUUUCGAGAUAAACUAGGCCAAGGAGGUUACGGUUCUGUUUACAGAGGCAAGCUCCGCAGUGGCCAUGAUGUUGCAGUCAAACUCCUAGGGAAAUCGGGAGGAAAAGAGCAGGACUUCAUGAAUGAAAUCGCAACUAUUGGAAGGAUACAUCAUGUCAAUAUUGUCAAAUUAGUUGGAUAUUGUGCGCAUGGCUCCAAAUUAGCUCUUGUCUUUGACUUCAUGACUAAUGGUUCUCUUGAAAAGUACCUCUUCAGUCGAGAAAACAUGAAACCCUUAAAUUGGGAAACAAAGUUUGAGAUUGCAGUUGGAGUUGCUCGUGGGAUUGAGUAUUUGCAUCGAGGUUGCGACAUUCAGAUUCUGCAUUUCGACAUCAAGCCUCAUAAUAUACUCCUCGAUGAUAAAUUUAUCCCAAAAAUAUCUGAUUUUGGGCUUGCAAAGUUUUGCUCUACUGGGAAAAAUGUAGUAAGUUUGACUAUGGCUAGAGGAACUAUAGGUUAUGUUGCUCCUGAAUUGAUCAACAAAAGUAUCGGGGUGGUUUCUUACAAGGCUGAUGUAUAUAGUUUUGGAAUGUUGUUGAUUGAUAUGGUGGGUUUAAACAUAGACUUGAGAGGAAAUAGCGGUCAGUCUAGCCAAUAUUUUCCACACUGGAUAUAUGAUUAUUUUAAGCAAGGUAAGGAUAUUGAAAUUGAAGAAGCAAGAUAUGACAAUGAGAACGAGAGUAUAAAGAAUAUUGUUAAAAAGAUUACCAUAGUUGCAUUGUGGUGCAUACUGAUGAGCCCAGAUGAUCGUCCAUCAAUGAAUAAGGUAUUGGAGAUGUUAGAAGGCGAUGUUGAAUGUUUGCAGAUUCCAUCUCAAUCAACUCAGAUUGGAGUGUGUUUUGACCAAACAGAAAUUACAUAUUCCUCUGAUUCUAUUUCCUUGCUUCAUCAUGAUGAUGCUUUAAUCAGUGUCGAGACCCAAGUUUGAAACAACAAUCAUAUGUUUACAACGGAAUGGCUUUUUAC